AUGGCUGCCUUGGUACCACAGGUUGACAGCCUAGAACAUGUCUACGCUGGGGCGGCCGAGGGUGAUCAAGUCCCCAAAGCUCUCGAGCAACGCUUUGUGAAUCUUGUCAACUCAUUCAAGCAACAAUACGAUCAGAAGCCAGACUUUGUCUCGAGAAGUCCAGGCCGAGUGAACAUCAUUGGUGAACACGUCGACUAUUCACUAUAUAAUGUCCUACCCACAGCGGUCACAGUCGAUGUUCUGAUUGCCGUCCGAGUCCUCAAGAACCCAAGUGGCCAUCCACUGAUCAAAAUUGCCAACGUCAACUCGUCCAAAUACCCCUCCAAAGACAUCACAGUUCCGGAAACGGGCCUCAUCGAAGUAGACAAAAAGAGCCACGCUUGGAGCAACUACUUCUUGGCUGGCUUGAGUGGUUCACUAAAAUAUCUGCGUCAGAAAUUGGGAGAGUCUUUCACGACCAACGGAAUGGAAUUGCUAAUCGAUGGUAAUGUACCUGCAGGAGGUGGCCUUUCCAGCAGCGCUGCCUUUGUGUGUGCAUCUGCUCUUGCGGUCAUGGCAGCCAACAACCAUCAAAUUUCGAAACAAGAUCUCCUCGACCUCUGUAUUGUAUCAGAGCGUGCCGUUGGAGUCUUCUCCGGUGGCAUGGAUCAAGCAGCCUCGAUCUUCUCUGAACGAGGUUAUUUGCUAUACUGCACUUUCUUCCCCAAAUUCUCCGCCGAACAUGUCCCAGUACCCACUUCAGAUCCUGAAGUCACAUUUUUGAUCGCACAAUCGUUUGUCACCUCUGACAAGGCCGUCACUGCUCAGAUACAUUACAAUCUUCGCGUCGUGGAGGUGACAUUAGCCACCGUGGUUCUCGCCAAAUUACACGACAUCUCUUUGAACCCCGACGACAGCUCCCUCGGUUUCUCGUUACGGAAUUUUCAGGAGGAACUCAUCAAGAAGGAAGGGCUUCGGGAUAGUGAUGCAAGUUCGCAGGUGGAGGUCGUCAUCAAAGCCAUAAAGUCCAAACUCGAGAAAUCCGAUUACACCCGUGAUGACAUCUCUCAAAUACUUGGUAUCUCGGUGGAACAGCUCGAAAAACAAUACAUGUCCAAAUUUCCGAUCAAAGCCGAUGCAUUCAAGCUCAGACAGCGGGCUCUACAUGUGUUGGAGGAAGCUAGCCGUGUGCUAAAGUUCAAAGACACGUUGAGCAGUACAGGAAGUCUCGACCAAGAAAAACUAUUAGCAUUGGGCGAGCUCAUGAAUCAAACCCAGGCAUCAUGCAGAGACAUCUACGAGUGCUCUUGCUCUGAGAUCGAUGAUAUUUGUUCCAUCUCUCGAAAUGCUGGCGCCUAUGGUGCUCGCCUGACUGGUGCAGGCUGGGGCGGCUGUACCGUUCAUCUGGUACCUCAGAGCAAAGUCGCUGCCGUCACAGAGGCUCUGAAAAAAGAGUAUUAUUUUAAGAAAUUUCCUGAUAUCAGCGAGGAAAAGCUUCAAGAAGCGUUGGUCAUAUCGAAGCCAAGUCAGGGGUCGUCUCUGAUCGUUGGCAAGGCGCUCGAUGUUUGA